CUUGGACGUCUUUCAACAGUUGCCAUUGAACCUCACUGGACCAUUCGAUCAGCACUCCGCAGAUCCAAGUAGGAUGAUUGAAUGGUGCAAAUACCAUAUCUGCCAAUGGAGCGGGGUACAGGGUUGGCCUUCAGGUUGCUGAGCAGGCUGCUCGAAGGAGCAACACCAAGUGGGCAGCUGGUCGGCGAGCGAGCAUCGCGUAGGUUAGCAAGUGGCUGGCAAGGUUCCUGGUCAGGGAAGGUGCAGACCUGCAGCAAAAUAUCAGGUGUGAUCACACCCACAAUCUCAGAACCUUCCGCAGUCAAACGCCAGCUGACAGACCGACAGCUCCACCCCCAGAAGCUCGUUCAAACAUCCGCACCCACACUGCCACCACUUUUGCAAACUGGAGCGCUCGAGCGGAGGCGCGCGAGAGAGGCAGUAUCCGGGGCUUAUGCCAGGGAAGCUGGCUGGCCCAAUGGCUACCAUCCUUUGCACAGUCUUGGCGGUCAGCGGUGGUUCUCGCAAACGCCGUCCGAAAGUCCGGCAGUGGCGUCCGAUGGUGAGGUGGUGGCGUCCGAAAAGUCGGACACAGCAUUUGGACGCCAGGUUGUACCGUCCGAAGGGUCUGUCGCAAGCCCCUUGUCGAUUUCCCAGCCGGAAAGCAUAGUCGAAGGGGGGUCUUCUAGCCCUCCUCACACAACCACCCCCGCAGAUGCCAGUUUUAAUGCAAAGAGAGAUGAAGUCUCGCCAAGCUUUGUCAAGGAGGUCCAGCCGCAGGUCGAGCAAGCGUUGAAUCUCAAUGGUACUCAAGCGAACAAUGCUGGAGUUAGUAGCAGUCACAGCGCCCACCAUGCGAUUGAGAGUCUGGCUCCGUUGUCCCAAUUGUCCACUCAGCCUGAUCUUUCCGCUGCCGCCUCUAGUUCAGAUUCCUCAUCAGACCAUGGUCCCCCUUCCCAAGUGUUGGCAGAAGAGCCGUCAGAUAAUCCUCCCACUCAUUCCCCAUCCUUAGUACAUAUGCAGCCUGAAUCCACCACCCCUCCAUCGGACCUAGCUCGCAGUCUACCCACCCCUGCCGCCUGUGAUGUCGCUAGUCCAAACCUCUCCCAGGAAACGAUUGAUGCAGUCCUUGCUCAACCUAGUCAAAGACCGAGUCAGAGUAGAAGUCCACAAGGAGAGAGCUCCAACGCCUCUCGAAAGUCUAGAAAAGGUCAGCGCGCUGAGGGGACUGGCACAACGAACGGAGAUCAGCAAGUCAGUCAAGACAACCGGCAAUCCAAGGAGAACAUCACUAGCACCUCCAUUAGCAACAGGGUUGUCAAAACCAAAAGGGGUAGCCAACAAAGCUCAGGGGGCGCCCCGCGGCAAACCAGAGCGGAGAACUGGCCACGGGCGGCGCAGCACUUGCUAGCGCCUGUCGAGUAUUUGACGUCAAGAUAUGGAAACCUAGAGAUCACGCACCCAAGACAUGCGGUGUAUGCCCCGAACCUGGACUCGCGGCCGGAGGGGUUUGAGUUUACGGGGUUCGAGGUCGUGUUCUUUGGCACCUCGAGCAACGUCCCGUCGCUCUGGCGAAACAUGUCGUGCACAGCGGUCCGCAUAGACAAGUCCACGUUCCUGAUCGACUGCGGCGACGGCUCCCUCCAGCAGCUCCUGCGCGGCGCGCCGUUCCGCCUCGGCUCCGUCGAGCGCAUCUUCAUCACGCACAUGCACGGGGACCACGUGCACGGCCUUGCGGCGAUGCUCAUCUACCUCGGGCUGCGCACGCGGGGCGCCGCGUCGCAGGGAAAGGACGCCGACAUCCGGCCCGUCCACGUGUACGGGCCGCUUGGGCUGCGCCACUUUUUGCGGAUUCUGCUGAGCGCGACGCAUGCAGGCGUGGACGCGGGGUACGCGGUGCACGAGCUGCUGCCGCCGGACGAGCGGGAGCAGCGAUCUCGGCGAAUUGACGAGUUUCUCCUCCCCCACCGGGACGAGCUCCCGGGGAAGGACAUCGUGUGCGACUCGGACGGCACGUGGCACGUGUUCGAGGACGCUAACCUAGUCGUGAAGGCGGGGGCCAUCAAGCAUACCAUCCCCUGCUUCGGCUACGCCAUUUCGGAAAAAGUGAAACCUGGGAGAUUCGACAGGGAAAAGGCGGAAGCGCUCGAUAUUCAUAGGGACCACUUUGGACCGCUGUCUCGGGGGAAGAGCCAUACGCUGCCAGACGGUCGAACGAUUCAUCCGGAAGACGUGGUGGGGCCGCCUCGGAGAGGCCGGAAGAUAGUUGUUCUGGGCGACACGUGCGAGUCGUCGUCGCUGUACCGCGCCGGGUGGGACUGCGACCUGCUGGUGCAUGAGGCGACGGUCCUCCAGGAGGAACGAGAGCGGGACGCUUUUCAGAUGGGCCACUCCACCGCCACAAUGGCCGGGCAAGCGGCUCGAGCCAUGGACGCGCGCACGUUGGUGUUGACGCAUAUCAGCCCAAGAUACCAGUACCAAGUGGGCCCCGGCGUUGACGCCGCCCGCACCGCAUUUGGUAGCGACCGCGUUCUAGUUGCGGAGGACCACACGCGCAUUCAGGUGGAGUACCAGGAAGAGCGCGCGCGGCAGCGCCACGUGGACGCCCUCCUGCGGCCGCAGGACCGCAAGCUGCCCCCGGAGGAGCAGUGGAAAAAAGCGACGAGGAUCCCCCGGAAAUAAUUCUUCUGGGGAGACCAACUGUGCGCUGAAGUUCCCACCCCCCCCCGGCAAAGUGGAAGCGAGUCUGGAGUGGGAUCGGGGUAGGCGCGUUAUCGAGGGGCAAUUGGAAGAGACGACGCGGCGGAAAUCCAUUUCUACGGGGAAAGGGCUGGGGGAGGCUCUCUGAAAGUCGAGUCCCACGAUGCCGUAUCGGUUCCGGAGGUCACGUUGGGGGUUGGAGCUGGGCCCCCAGGAGCAGCGGACGCGGACAAGAGCGGCAAAGUGGGGGUGGUUGAACGUGGCAAGUUCUGCCCCCUGAGAAGGUCCAAGGAAAGACUUGUUGCGCGAAGUGACAUCAACAGGGGGAGUCGAGGGCAGGAGCUUGCCCUCGGGAAGCAGCGGACGGAGUCGCGACGAGGCGGAACGGGGGUGUGGUUGCAGGCUGACGGGAGACGAAACGCGGCUGUUGGGGCUGGGGUGAGCUUGCUCGUUGCGGAAGAGAGCGUCGAGCGUUCAAAAUGGGCAAGAAGCUCGUUGGCUGCCGCAAAAGCAAAGAGCGAGCUUUUGGAGACCGUUUCUGGAAGACCGUUCAUUUUUGUACGGGCGUCGGAAGCAAAGCCUUAGCCGCUGCGUAAGAACUCGAGACGGGGUUUGGCAGCGAUGACACGUUGGAGAUGCAGUUGUUUGAUUAACGGAAGUGCGCAACGAAAAAUUCAAUACCGCUUGCUCGAGGGGAGAUCAGCGAUUCAACGAGAAAGCGAGGUCACUCGUUACAAAUGUACGCCUGCCAACCAAUCAUAUGCUCGUGGUUCUGUAGAGCUCGACAUACCAUUGACGAUGUCGGUUCUUGCGAUGGACAGACCGUGACUCAAACAUACACCGUGACUCAAACAUAACAUUAAAAGUACUUGGAUUAAAAAGCUUGCAAGGCAGAUUCCAGAGACCAUCAAGCAAUAGUUUCAGUGGCACCGGAGACAGACGCUGC